AUGCCUUCUAUUAUAAUACUGAUCUUAUUGUCUGCUUUGCAUCUGGCCUGGGCUGUCCCGGCGCAAAAGAGAGCAGUCAACCCAACUGUUGUCAUCCCCAAGCCCGAGGCAACUGUCGGGGGCUCCAUGGGUCCCAACAAUAUCGAUACGUUCAAUCGCAUUUUCUUCGCACUGCCUCCAGCUGGGCCUCUCCGGUUGAAACCACCUCAGCCAAUCAAAACAUCCCAGGGGACUAUUCAGGCUACCUCCGUUGCGAAGUCUUACCCACAGUUCUUGUUGAGCACCGACGAAAAGGACGUGCCUAGCUCUGUAAUCUCGAAGCUCUUCAAUAUCCUGAUGUUCCAGGAGAUUAUCAAUUCUGGCGAGGACUGUUUGACCCUCGAUGUACGCCGUCCUUCCAAAAUCAAGGCAGAUGCAAAGCUACCGGUGGUGGUCUGGAUCUUCGGUGGUGGCUUUGAACAGGGUGCCACCAAAAGAUAUGAUGGCUCAAACUUUGUCACAAACUCUGUGGAGCUGGAUAUGCCAGUCGUCUUUGUGACCAUGAACCACCGUCUCGGAGGGUUCGGCUUUCUACCGGGGACAGAAAUCCUGAAAGAUGGCACAGGAGUUGUGGACCAUCGCUUUGCUUUGCAAUGGGUCGCAGAAAACAUCGCGGUAUCUGGAGGUGACCCGUCCAAGGUCGAUUUUUGGUACCAUCAUGAACUCCGGCAGCAUUGUGCCUGCAAAUUCAGUCGACGGCACAAAAGGCAGGCUAUAUAUGACACUGUUGUUAAGAGCGCUGGCUGCAGUGGCGUCAGUGACACCCUCGCAUGUCUAUGCGAGCUGGAUUACACCAAAUUUCUCAACGCCGCCAACUCGGUCCCGGGCAUCAUGGGUUACAAUUCUGUCGCCGAGUCAUAUCUCCCUCGUCCGGAUGGCACGGUUUUAACUGCAUCACUAGAACAACUAGUCAUCCAAGGCAAAUAUGCCUCGGUGCCAUUCAUCAUCGGCGGCCAGGAAGAUGAAGGCACUAUCUUUGCUAUAUAUCAGAACAAUGUCACAACCACUGAGCACAUCGUGGACUAUCUACAGAGUCUAUAUGUCUUCGACCCCUUGCGACAGCAGAUUACAGAUUUUGUCGCCACCUAUAGAAAUAUCCAAGAAGACGGCUCACCCUUUCGUACGGGAUCCCUUUACAACUGGUACCCUCAAUAUAAACGACUGGCAGCCAUCCUGGGCGAUCUGUCAUUCACUUUGAUACGCCGGGCCUUCCUAGACUACGCUCAGAAAGCGAAACCAGAUGUUCCUUCCUAG